GUCCAAAGCGCGCGCCCGUCAGUGGAGGAGAAGAGAGGACAGAAGGAGGCAGAAAGACAAAAUAAAGACCAAUUAACCUUUUAUUCUGCAAAAGCGGCACACGAAAUCCAGCAGAGAUGUCAGAGGAAAAGCCAAAGGAGGGAGUAAAAACCGAGAAUGAUCACAUCAAUCUCAAGGUGGCAGGGCAGGAUGGGUCUGUGGUCCAGUUCAAAAUCAAAAGACACACACCCCUCAGCAAACUAAUGAAGGCGUACUGUGAACGGCAGGGUCUCUCAAUAAGGCAGAUCAGAUUCAGGUUUGAUGGCCAGCCUAUCAAUGAAACGGAUACACCCGCACAGCUGGAGAUGGAAGAUGAAGACACCAUAGACGUUUUCCAGCAGCAGACAGGGGGGCUCUGCUAAGCCCCUCCCACCUCAUUGACGCAACCCUCAGACCACGGCCUCAGCCAUCUUCACUGUUCUCUCCUCUCAGCCUAUUAUCAUUAUUAUUAUUAUUAUUAUUAUUAUUAUUAUUAUUAUUUCUUCAGUUUAAAGAUGUCUGUCAUGGUUUUUCGUCAUUGUGGGGGGGCUCCUCAGCUGUUUAUGUACCGUCUAAACCAGGACUGAACUUUUUGUGCGUGUCAACAGUCUCUCUGCUGGCCAAUCAGGACAACUUUUCCUUCUGGCAGCGCCGGCUGUGAUUGGACCAACAGCGUGUCACAGCUGUUCCUGGUUUGUCAGUGCUUCUCUCACUCAUUCACUCUCCAGUGAAAGCUUGGUAUCCAGUAGUUUGUCACAAUCUUCAUCCAUCGGGGCCGAAUGCGAGGCUCUGCAGCUUUUGUCAAGGGAUCACUGUCAGUGGGCAUGAAAAUGUUUUGAGGUGGAAGCACUAUCUGAACUUAAUACACAUCCGCCUUCCAUUUCACUUUCUUGUGUGUUCUUUUUGUCUAAACAGUGACUCCUGCUCUUCUGUCAAAAUGUAUUUUAAUUCUUUGCAUUUUAGGUGCUUUUGCUAAAGAGUUCUGCAAUGUUUUUGUAAUUUUUUUUUUCUU